AUGACUGAGGUUAAAAGUGCCUUGCAUUCCAAGUUCACCAUUAAAGACUUGGGGUUUCUAAAAUAUUUUCUUGGCCUAGAAGUGGCCAGAUCCUCUACUGCUACUCUUUUAAGCCAGACCAAGUAUAUUUCUGAUAUUUUGAGGGAUGCUGGUAUGCACUCAUGCAAACCAGCCUCCUUUCCCUUACCUGAAGGCUUGCAUCUCUCUCUGGAUAUAGGAGAUAUUCUCCCUGACCCACAUCUUUACAGACGCCUAAUUGGGAGGUUACUAUAUGUUAAUCUUACAUGGCCUGACCUCAGUUAUGCUGUCCAGCAUCUGAGCCAGUUCAUGCAUCAACCCCGCAAGCCUCAUUGGGAGGCUGCCAUGCAUGUCCUUCGCUACUUGAAAGGCACUAUACAUCAAGGGUUAUGCUUCCCUGUUACUGCCACCAUGCCUCUCACAGCUUACUGUGACUCUGAUUGGGCCUCCUGCCCCUUUUCGCGCAAAUCUCUCACUAGAUUAUGCAUCUUUUUUAGUUCCUCAUUGGUUUCCUGGAAAACCAAGAAACAGCCCACUGUCUCAAAAUCAUCCGCUGAGGCGGAAUAUCGUGCCAUGGCCAGUAUUGUUUGUGAAUUAUUGUGGAUUUCUUAUAUUCUUCAAGACUUGCAGGUACCUACUCAGCUGCCAAUCCCUCUCCACUGCGACAACAAGGCUGCCUUGCACAUCGCCGCUAACCCGGUUUUUCACGAACGUACAAAACACAUUUCGAUUGAUUGCCAUAUUGUCCGUGAGCAGCUUCAGCGGGGCUUCAUCCACCCUUCGCAUGUUUCCACCACUGCUCAACUUGCAGACCUGCUCACCAAGCCCUUAUAUUUUGAUCAGCAUCACCGCCUUUGUUCCAAGUUGCCCCCUGGUCUCCAUCCCAGUUCCAACUUGCAGGGGGCGUGUAGAGAAUGCAAGAUAAUCAUAGAAAUCAUAUUAUUUUAUUGCUGUAUUGGUUUGUUAUAUCCUCUGCUGUCUCAUGGGUAUAAUUGUCCUUGUUGUCUCAUGGGUAUAACUGUCCUUUUAUGA